AUGGAACAUGUCCCUGGUGUCAUGUAUCUUGGCGAAAAAUACGAAGUCACUGAAUGUUUGGAUGCGUGUUCAACAUUUUUGAUGCAAAAUUUGACGGCAGACACCGUGUGUUGGGCCUAUGAGCUAGCUGUUCUAUUCAAGUGUAAAGAAUUGAUGGAGUUUUGCGACACGCUUGCCAAAUCCAAAUUUUCAACUGUACUCCAAUCAAAGUGCUUCUUAGAAUGUGACCAAAAAGUACUUCGCCACAUUUUGAAAUUGGAUCCGUUAAGUGGCUCAAACAUAGAUGUUCUUAAAGCAUGCAUCGCUUGGGCAAAAGCCGCGUGCCAACGGAAAGGCUUGGAUGACGAUCAACCGCAAAACGUACGAGAUCAACUGGGUCAAGCAUUCUAUGAAAUGCCAUUCUCUUCAAUUACUCAGGCGAAUUUCUUUAAUUUUAUUCCGCCCAUUGCCACAUUAUUUGCAAAUGAGGAUUUGGUUGAAGUCAUUCAAAUGGUCGCUUCAUCCGAAUUUCGACCAACAAAAUUCGUAAAAAAGGCCGCAGCACAAGGACCCACUCAUCAGACCAUCAAACGCAGUCGCGUAGUAACAGAUAGCUUCCUCAUCAAAAACAUCGAGACCACCACAUUUUCAUCGAACAAGCCAUUUUUAUUAAAAGGUAUUUCAUUUGCCAAUGUAUACAUUUUCGAUAAGGAAAAGUGGGCUUAUUACAUAGUGGACUUUCCUAUAUCGAAAAUAACAAUCACAAAGAAAUGUCGCGAUGAUCAAUCUCAGAUAGAAAAGUCUUCUGAAAUUCUCUUCAAUGGGGAAAAAACAUUGGUGACCCAUGGAACAAAUCAAGUUGACUUACCAUCACCAAUCCUCAUCAAACCCGGAAUUAAGUAUGAGAUUUGUUUGCAGCAAGAGGUGCCACCAUCCAGUUACACUUUUAAUACACUCAAACCGGUACUUCAUCUUGGGCCGGAUGUCGAAAUUCGAUUCCACUCAGAUGCCAAAUUGGGUUAUGACAACACUGCCACUGGACUGGUCACUGGUUUAUCGGUUGAACGUUUACAAACGGUGAUGAAUUGUGAUUUAGCCGAUUGA